AUACAUCUGACUGUGGAAAAGCGAAGUAAAAACAAAAUAAAGAUAUGCACAAAAAGCCAUAUACCUCUGCAAGCAAAAAACAUUAAUCUCAGUUCAGAACCUUAAAAAAAAAAAAAAAAGAAGAAGAAGAAAAAUCUCCGAUCCGAUUCUUUGCAACGAUACACUUAUGUGGGUUUUUCACUGCACAAAUCCUUCAUUUCUCUAAUUUUUUUUCAUCAUGCCAUCUCGCGAACUCCGUUCUCUACCGCCGACGCCGACGCUGUCUCAACCAGUUCACCGUCAGAGACACCACCUCCUUCCACCACUUGCCGGAGGUAUCGCCGCCGCAGCCUCCCUCCUUAUUCUCUUCACUUUCUGCUUCCGAAAAAUUAGCCUUAAGAAAACCGUUCCAUCUUCCGACUCCGAGUCAAAUAAAAAACCCCCUCACCGGUUCUCCUACUCCUCUCUCCGACGCGCCACUUGCAACUUCUCUCCAGCUCUUCGCUUGGGCCAGGGCGGGUUUGGAUCAGUCUACAGCGGAACUCUCAAAAGCCCAACUUCCAAUAAUGUUUCAGUGGCCGUUAAAGUCAUGGACUCAGGGUCCUUACAAGGCGAGCGCGAAUUCCAAAAUGAGCUGUUCUUAUCUGGUAAAAUCGACUCUAAAUACAUAGUAUCUACAAUCGGUUUCUCUUCAGACAAAAGAGGCCGCCGUAUGUUGCUUGUUUACGAGCUUUUGUCUAACGGAAGUUUACAAGACUGCCUUUUGCAUCGCAAGUGCAGUGAAUUAAAAGAUUGGAAAAAGAGGUAUUCAAUUGCUCUUGAUAUAGCUAAAGGGUUAGAGUAUUUGCACCAUUUCUGUGACCCACCAGUGAUUCACGGCGAUAUUAAGCCGAGUAAUAUUUUAUUGGAUGAUAAUUUUAAUGCAAAAAUUGGUGAUUUUGGAUUGGCACGGUUGAAAUCAGAGGAUCAGGUUGAAAUUGAAGUGAAAAGGGAGAGUCAUGUAGGAGGAAAUGGGGUAGUUGAGGAUAACGGGUCGGUGGCUGAGGAAAUGGAGAGUGUGAGUGUGGUUACUGUUAAUGGUUUUGAGGAGUUUCACAGAGGAGUUGAGCAGUCGCCGGAGAGUGUUGUUAUUGGGGUGGAAUUGUCACCUGAGGCCCAUGUGGUAUCUCCAAGAACGGUGGCGGAUAUGGUGUCCCCAUCUGAGUGCAUAGAAAAAACGAGUCUUUCAGAGGGUAUUUUUGAUAGGUCCAGUAUAGACAGUGGGAUUGAGAUUGGUGAUAAGAAGAGUGGGGUGAAGAAGAAUAAGAAGAAGAAGAGUGUUACUGGCAAAGACUGGUGGUGGAAGCAAGAUACUGGUGGGACGGAUUCAGGAGUGGUGAAGGAUUAUGUAAUGGAAUGGAUUGGAAAUGAGAUCAAGAAGGAGAGGCCAAAGACUGAGUGGAUUGGGGCUUCGUCGAGUUCAGGAGUGGUAGGUAUUACAGAAAAGAAGCAUAAGAAGCGAUUAGAUUGGUGGGUUUCUUUAGAUGAUGAAAAGAAUGUGAAAAAGGAGAAGAGGAGGCCUGCAAGGGAGUGGUGGAAGGAGGAGUAUUGUGAGGAGCUUGCCAGGAAGAAAAAGAAAAAGAAGAAGCAACAGGGUGGAAUAGGUUCAGUUAGUGAUGAUUGUCAUAGUGACUCUUGGUGGGCAAGGGAUGAUGAAUUGUAUGCUGAUAGGAAGAAGAAAAGGAGUAGGAGCAGAAGCAGUAAGAGUAGCAUGGAUUGGUGGUUGGAUGGAUUUAGUAGCGAGCUUCGGAGAGCUCGGAAGAAUAGUUAUGAUUCUGCUAGUGGGGAUAUACCUAAAAGUGGUGGCAUCAGUAGCACUCCAAGCAUGAGAGGAACUGUGUGUUAUGUUGCACCAGAGUAUGGUAGCUGUGGUGAUCUAUCUGAAAAGUGUGACGUUUAUAGCUAUGGGGUGCUUUUGUUAGUUCUUAUUGCUGGGCGUAGGCCACUUCAGGUGACAGGGUCGCCCAUGUCCGAAUUCCAACGUGCUAAUCUUCUCUCUUGGGCACGUCACCUUGCCCGAGCAGGGAAGCUUCUUGAUCUGGUUGAUCAGUCUGUUGAAUCAUUAGACAAAGAACAAGCAUUACUCUGCAUUACUGUUGCCCUGCGUUGCUUGCAGAAGUCACCUGCCCGUCGUCCAUCAAUGAAAGAAGUAGUGGGGAUGCUUUCUGGAGAUUUAGAAGCUCCCCAACUACCAGUUGAACUUUCACCCUCGCCCCCCUCCCGCUUCCCAUUCAAGUCCCACAAGAAGGUUCGGUGAGCUUAAAAUCAAGUCUCAGUUCUGUACAAAAAGCAGUUUAUGUUGUUGAUUAUUUCUUGUCUUUGUGGAUGACUUAUGAUGUAAAGAAGAGAUAGGAAUCAAAGAAUUAACAGUUUUAAUGGAUUUUUUUCUUUCAUGUUCUGUUUAUUGUUUUACUUUCGAGUAGGUAUAUGUGUAUUCUUUUUCUCUCUGGAAGCUAAACAACAGUCAACAAAGCCAUUUGAUAA